AUGUCUUCUGUCAGUGGCACUGUAACUGAGGAUGAAACCGAUUAUAUUACUACACACGUCCCCACUGACGUGGAAGCUAGUAUUGGAAUGGAAACUGGAACGGAAUUUAGUCAACACAUUACAACUGACAACAACAAUGCUGAGACGACGGCCUAUUUUCCGACAAAGACUCUGGCUAUGUCAUCUUAUUACAGUACAAAUGAUAUAUCUACAGCUUCUUCCACUGUCUACCCUCAAACCUCAACACACGUACCAAGCACUGGUGAUACUGGAACUGCUGCAGGAAAUGUAACUGACACAACUGAAGGCGAGCAUCUGACUACAGCAAACAGGGAAACAAGUCAAAAUAUCAUCAGUUCACAUCAAUCUGUGUCGACAAGCUUGCAGUCGACCAGAUCCUCGACAACCAUGCCCACCAUGGCUCAGACAACUGUUGUGUGCGCAUGGCAGGCAUGGGGUAGCUGCAGUGCGACCUGUGGUCCACAUGGUAUUCGCACACGUUAUUGUGUGAUUGGCAAUGUUAUCAUGGACACUGAGGAAGAAACAUGCAAUCGUAACUGUCAUAAUGGUGGUCAACUUACAGCUCAGUAUUGUAUAUGUCCAUUACACUACCAUAGCACGUGUUGUGAACUACAUUCAUCAACUGACAUAUCCCUAGUUAUCUCUAGUACUGAUGAGGUACUAUUUACCUGCGGCGUUACAUUCAUACACUCAUCUGAUACGUGGAAUCUGGAAUUUGAAUGGUUUGCUGGGAGCAUUUCUAUUUUCACUGAGAACAUUGCUAAUGGCGCAGUACAGUCCAUUCUAACAGAAGACAAAUGGAUAGGAAAAAUGGGGUCUUCCAUCAAAUGCUCGGUUAAAAUAACUGAUGGUGGUAUUUACCUCGGGGAGUUGAUAAGUGACCCAUACUUUGCAGGCAUAAAGAUUCACGCACCGUCAGUUAUAGACCUCUAUGAAAACGACGGAGAGGUGUCAUUUCAAAUGGAAUCUACCGUGCCCUUCGUGUGUAGGAGUGGAACUGUACCUUCAUAUUACCCUUGCCAGAUGAAGGUGCAAGCCAGUAUAUCUGACCGCUACUGGUGGUAUACACGUUUCCAAGAUGUGGUUGCUAGAGAUGAGUGUGGUACCACUUUCACGCCUGGAAACUCCGUGGGUAUGCACAUGGUAUACUUGAAGGCUAAAAGAGACUUCUUUAAUGAUGGCGAUGGGUAUAUUUUGCUUGAGUUUCCAAGAAUCAGAACAUCUUACUCCAGAAUUUGGAACAACUACAAGAUACCAGAUAUUGUACAGGUACGAACACAUGAUCGAGACAGACCUGUACGAAAGUGUUGUAGUAGCGGCGACCCUCACCUGACAUCUUUCGAUAACACGUAUUUCCAUGUCUACUCCCCUGGUGAGUUUAUCUUCUACAAGCAUAAAUACCUGCCAUAUGAGAUACAAACCCGCCUCACCCGAUGUGGCUCAGUGGCUUGUAACUGUGGCAUUGCUGUCAGAGCUGGAGAUGACAUCAUUAUUAUCGACAAAUGUCAAUCAGUGUCUAUCUUGACUGUUUAUUACCGGUGGGGCAGACAAUAUUAUUAUUAUCGAAGAUAUUCUAUAUUGAAUAUUGAGGUGAAAGCUAUAGGGCAAAUGACACCCGGAUUUAAGUUGAUCAGAAUGUAUUCUGGCACGAUGUAUAAGAUCCAUCUCCCAACCGGUGCGUACGUAGAGGUUUACACAUAUCAAUACUCGUCCUACAUCAAUAUAUGUUUCUCCCCUGCUGCGGACGACUACGGUUGGAUUGGCGGUGGUCUGUGUGGAAGUUACGACAAUGAUGACGGUAAUGACUUUCUGCAUGGACCUUUCGGAGCUUCGACAAAUAUAUAUAGCAAUACACGACCUACGUAUUACAGUUAUUGGGGAAGUAUCCCAACAGCAUUUUCAGAUUCCUGGAGAUUUGAAAAAAUGAAAGAUUUUAGCCGUGACCAUUCUUAA